UCCUUUUGUUUUGGUACAGAAAUUUUAAGACGUCAUUUAAUGUUUUGUAAACAAUUCGCAAGUGGCUAGGAAAAUCGAAAUAGAGUUGAAAGCAAAAAAUAUAAAACGCGAGUUGCAGGUGGCGAUUUCAUAUAUGUAUAUGAUGCGAAUUACAAUUUUAAUUUAAAUAUCGGAAUCACAGAAAUAAAAUGCUAUCAAGGUAUUUAAAUGUGUUAGGGACUAUCGCUAUUUCAUUACGUUGUAAUGUUGUUUUUCCAUAUGGAGGUAUGCUAAGAAGAGACAUUCGCUAGUCCACAUAGUGAAAUACAAAUGUACAUACAUAAUAAACUAAAGUUCCUUUACAAUGGUGAAACGUCAUAACAUGUUUUCAUUUAAAAGUUAUGAUUAUUAAUGGCAAAAUAUAUAAUCUAACCGGCCAUAAAUACUAUUUUCAUAUCGCGCAAAUUUUUUUCAAAGUGCUUACAAAAUAGAUAUUUAAAAAAAAAAAAACUAUGAGUUACGACGAUGUUAACAUUAGCAACAAAGCAGUAACGAAUAAAACAGAGUAUAUAAAGAAAAAGAGGUGAAGCUCUAAAUAGAGCAACGGGAAAAGUUGUUUGUCAACUUGUGGCGUCCCCCAUUUUCAUCAAUAAAAGUGUCACUAGGUUGGUUCAUUGUAUCAAUAAUAAUUUAUAAAGAUCUUUGAAUUGAAUAAAACAUAAUAGUGCAAAUACAAUGUCCACUGUGACUCGUAGUGCAAGUGCGAGCCCAUCUGUUGGUCAUUCUAAUAAUCAACAAAAUCAGCAUAACCCAACGGAGAGACAAAAUUUUCCCCAUUCAGUAGUUGAUCCUAGUAAUUUUCCCCUUAAAUCUAUAACCGAUGUUGUGAAUUUUUUUCGGCGAUCACUUGAAGCGGGUUCCUCGAUAAGUGGAAGUGAACCCGAUUUAACAUUGCUCUCAAUUGUUGCCGGUUAUAUCGAGCUUUCAUUAACUACAGGCGACGCUGCAUUAGCUGCGGAACAUGCAUUAUCAAAUGCCGCUUCGAAUACCACUAUAUCUUCACCUCCACUCCUUGCAGCUGUUGUUGGCAGUCCUUUAUCGUCAGCACAAAACUGUGGCAUUAUAAAAAGCAACAGUGUGCCUUUUCCAGUUGUAACAUACGAGCUUGUCUCGGGUUUAUAUAAGAAAUUUCAAAGCAUACUCUCUGUUGUUGAAAAACCUAAAUCAGCUCAAAAUCGUCAAGCAACACGUGAAAUUAUCAAAAAAGUGUCUGAUGUAAUAUGGCACUCAUUAAUAAGAAGCAGUUAUAAAGAUCGAGCUCAUUUACAAAACUUAUAUAGUUAUUUGUCGGGCAAUAAGUUGGAUUGUUUUGGUGUAGCGCUAGCUGUUGUCGCUGGUUGUCAAUUGUUAGGGUAUCGUGACGUACAUCUGGCUAUAUCUGAAGAUCAUGCUUGGGUUGUAUUUGGCUCUAAGCAAAUUGAAUGUAUCGAAGUGACGUGGCAUGGCAAAGGAAGUGAAGAUAAACGCGGACAGGACAUAACAGCUGGCAUAGAGUCUGGUUCGUGGUUAUAUCUCAGUGGAUUGGCAGUUGUAUGUGAUAGAGCUAUGGAAGUUGCUGCUGUUGUAUCAGCUAUAAAUAUAUCAAUGACAACUAAUAGCGAUUGCGUUGAAGUGGCAGAUAUGCAACAAAAACUACUUUGGCUAUUGUAUGAUAUGGGUCAUUUAACAAAGUACCCCAUGGCAUUGGGAACACUUGGUGAGUUAGAAGAAAUCUCUCCCUCGCCUAAACGCAUAUCUUGUGAACAACUUUAUAAGGAGGCAAUACAGUCAGCACGCAAAUUCUACCACAAUCAUCACGUUUACCCUUACACUUAUCAGGGAAAUUUUUAUAAUCGACUUUUAAAAUAUCGUGAAGCGUUUGCUUCGUGGGCUAAUGCGGCGGAUGUCAUACGCCUAUAUACAUACAGUUGUCGCGAUGAUGAGGAAAUAUAUAAAGAACUUUUGGAUAUUGCAAAUGAGAUGAUCCCACAUGUUAUGAAGACAGAAAGUUCGGGUCAUUCUGCUAGAAGCAUUCUACGCGAUUCUGAAGUAUUUGCAAAUUUAUUGCGAUUCUAUGACGGGAUUUGUCAGUGGGAGGAAGAUAGUUUAACACCAAUACUACACAUUGGCUGGGCUAAACCAUUAGUAAACAAUAUAACAAAAUUCGAUUAUGACAUAAGAUCACAAGUAGUAAUUAAAGUCCCCGAAGAUGAAGAAAUUGCAUCUACAAAAAAAUCAACUGAAGCAACAACUUCCUCAUUAAAGGAGGAUACAACACAUAAUGAGGUGCCGAAAGUGGAAAAGAAACAUGUAAUUGUGGAUGUAAAGAAAGAUGAAACAAAUAACUGUAAUAUUAAUAAUAAUAAUUUCAAGAAGGAAGAGAAGUCUUCGGCGGAUGUGAAAAAAACCGACAUCACCGCCACAUUAGCAGAUCUAACUGCCGCGUGUGGUGAGAAAAUUUUGAAUCCAGAUUUUUUAUUACAGGGAGGAGGAGAGCCAUUCGCUGAACAAAAGAAACACUUGGAACAGCGACAGAAUGUCUGUAAAAAUGAGUCAACAAAUGGCUUGAAAAAUGUUCCGAAUAAAGAUACUGUUGUCACAAAUGUCGUCCAAAUGGAAAUAUCAAAUACCAAUGCUAAGUUGUUGCAAGAAAAUGAAAAAGAAUCAUGCGCAGAGAUAAAAACACACUCACCUACCGAUGAGGAUCCCUUCGAGUUUAUGAUGAAACGUCCGGUAAUUACACUUUAUAGUCAGAAAAUGAAGGGUCUGAAAGACCUGUUGUUGGCCGAAAAAUUAAACACUCAUGCAAUUUCGCUGCAAGUUACCGCCCAAUCUGUGGCGAGCAAAAAGAUACGCGGAAUUGAUAAGCUCGGUAAUCACACGACAACUUCAACGUACGCCACAGCUCAUGUACCAGGCAAUAAUUUGCAAUCACUUCAUACAAAUUAUAAUGCAGUUUUAAGCGAUAGCAAUACCAAUUCAAAUGAUAAUGGUAGCACUGCUACAACAAUUGCUGCUUCGCGCCCUAAACGCUCCCGGCGCGAGUAAAUAUUUUGGCAGAGGUAAGCACACUAAAAUAAUGCUGUAAGGAAGCUUCUUCUUCUAUAUAUGUGUAUAUAGAUACUGGCUAUGAUAGGGUUUUAUAAAUAUUAUACCUAUUUUCUAUACUUUUAAUAUUCAUAACAUUACCACAUGAUCGAAUCGUGCUGACGCAAAAACUUUUCCAAUUCUAUAUAAUAUAUACAAUAUUAUACAUAUGUAUGUAUAUAAUCAGAUAUGAAAAUCAUAUAGCAUUUAUUCGUUGCACACUUUCGUUGAUUAUAGUCGAAUAUUUGUUAUUAAAUUUGUCAUCAAGUUUUGAAUUGCUCCGGCUUGAGUUUCGAUUUUAUUUAAUGAUUCAAUUAGUGUUAGAUCUUCUGCGCAUUUAAACUUCUUUCUAAAAUGUUUUUGGAUUUUGAACUCUUUAUCACUGAUCAUUUGAGAUGCUCAAAUAGGCCGAUCACGGAUUUCGGAAGGGCGGGUUUUGGACUAAUACUAUUAUUUUUCUGGAAUAUUUUCUUCUUUAGAGAUGAAUAAUACAGGAAAAUAGUUUGAAUAAGGUUGCCACUAACAAUAGCAACCCCCAAAACGUUCGUUUUUGACUUAAAAAAGAAUCAAAAGUUAUCUUAGGAAUACGAAGUACAAAAUUAUAAAUUUGAACGAAGCUGAAAUCCUUUAGGAUUAUUUUAAAAACCCUCGUGUAUCAAAUUGAA